AGAUCUGGCAACCCGGCUGAGACGCCACAGCUAGCUGCAGCCACUGUUUUAGCACCAAACCCUCCUGCUGCAUCUUGUCGUCAUCAUACUGGCUAAAUGUUAACCUAGCUUUCAAGUCAUUUAUGCGCAGUAUACGUAUAUGAAGUCCUUGAUUUAUUUUUGUUGCUUUUUAUAAUUUAUUUUUUUGUGAACGGAAAACGCGUCAUUAUGAAUGCUAUUAUAUAGUGUGCUUGACUCAUUAACGGAACUGGGGUCUUGAGAAGCAAAAAAGGGGCGGUGAGCUGCUAAAACUACUGACACUCCGAAACCCGUGAGUUAGUUUGUGUAUUAUCCGGAAAAGGAUAUUCGAAGGGUGGAUUAAAAGGCCAGGUUUUGGGUGUUAUUCUUUAGGUUGCCUAAAUUGUCGCCGGUUUUGGUGUCAGCUGUCCGGUCGCGUCGUUUAACUAAGAACGCACCUUUAGCCAAAGAGCUAAUAGCUGCGACUACGCCGAGAAAGUGGGAGGAAUAUCUGCCAGUCGAGGUUAGAAAACCUGCCGGAAAAAGGAUUUUUUUUAACACGACUGGAGUUUGUUCCAUCGGAGCUGGCAUCGUCAUAUUUCACCUUUAACACCAGGCUGCCGUGCCUGACAACACAGAGGAGAGAAGAGAAUGUCUGAGGGAGAGAGCAAACAGGCCCCGGAAUCUGCCCAGGAGGCGAAGCCGGAGUCUGUGGCUGCGGCACCCGCGGCUCAAGGAGCGCCAUCCUCCGUGUCCCCCCCAGUGUCCAUGGUGUCACAGCCUCCAGCCACUGCUGCCACAGAGGAUGAGGAGGAAGAGAGCGAGGAUGAGUCAGAGAUUUUGGAGGAAAGUCCAUGUGGACGCUGGCAGAAACGCAGAGAAGAGGUCAAUCAGCGCAAUGUCCCUGGAAUCGAUAAUGCAUACUUGGCCAUGGACACUGAGGAAGGAGUGGAGGUGGUGUGGAAUGAGGUCAUGUUCUCAGAGAGGAAGAAUUUCAAACUACAAGAGGAGAAAGUCAAAGCAGUGUUUGACAAUUUGAUCCAGCUGGAGCAUUUGAACAUUGUCAAGUUCCACAAAUACUGGGCGGAUGUGAAAGAAAACCGAGCAAGGGUCAUUUUCAUCACAGAGUACAUGUCGUCAGGAAGUCUGAAGCAGUUUCUGAAAAAGACAAAGAAAAAUCACAAGACCAUGAACGAAAAAGCCUGGAAGCGCUGGUGCACACAGAUCCUCUCUGCUCUAAGCUACUUACACUCCUGUGAACCUCCCAUCAUUCAUGGAAACCUGACAUGUGACACCAUCUUCAUUCAACACAAUGGCCUCAUCAAAAUUGGCUCAGUUGCUCCAGACACCAUCAACAACCAUGUGAAAACCUGUCGGGAAGAGAAGAAGAGUCUUCACUUUUUUGCUCCAGAGUAUGGAGCUGAUGCCAAUGUCACCACAGCCGUGGAUAUCUAUUCAUUUGGAAUGUGCGCCUUAGAGAUGGCUGUGUUAGAAAUCCAAAGUAACGGAGAUUCGUCAUACGUGUCUCAAGAAGCCAUAAACAACGCCAUUCAGUCGUUAGAGGAUCCGCUGCAGCGGGAAUUUAUUCAGAAAUGUCUGGAAGUCGAUCCCAGUAAACGACCCACAGCGAAGGAGCUGCUGUUUCACCAGGCCUUGUUCGAGGUUCCCUUACUGAAGCUCCUGGCUGCUCACUGCAUCGUCAGCCAUCAGCACAUGAUUCCAGAAAAUGCUUUAGAAGAAAUGACAAAAAACAUGGACCCCAACUUGGUGAUUGUGGAGGGCAAGGAAGGAGUUCAGAUGAAGUGA